UCUUUAUCGUAAAGAUUACUCAUAAUAAUUCAUAGGUAAACUUUCAAUUAGGCCUGCAAAUAUUCAAGGUUAAAAUAAUAGCGGCCACCUCCUUUCUGUCGCUACGUUAAUGGGCCGUUCGCGUAGCAGAUCACUGUCUAGUGGUCACAAGUCGAAACCUAGACGGUACAGAAGCCGUUCGCGCGAUAGAAUCAAAGAGCGCGACAGGUAUCGUGACAAAGAGCGCGAUAGGAUACGCAUAAGAGGGAACGAAAGGUCGUAUCGAGACCGUCAUCGUCAUGAUAGAAGACGGAGAAAAAGAAGUUCGACGGUGUCAAGUUACGAUAGUGAAGCAGAGAGGCGAAAUCGGAAAUCAAAAAUGAAGGAAAUAGAUAGGAAAAUAGAAGAAGCCCGAAGGAAAGAAGAAGCUGAAAAACGUGCUCUGGAGCAACGAGAGAGAGAACGACGGUUGCAGGAGGAACGUGAACGAGAGGCGGAAGCAGCCAGGCAGUUAGAAGCUCGGGUCACAGAGGCUUUCGAAGCUGCUUUAGUAGAUAGGGCUGAAGACCUCCAGGCUGAAUUGGAAAGAAGAUAUCAAGCGGAAAUUGACCGAAGAGUUAAAAAUAAACUAGAUGAGAUCGAACGUGAAUACCAAAGCAAGCUGGAAGAGCAGAGACGUAUGGAGGAGGAGGAAAAACGUAAACAAGCUGAAUUGGACAAAAUACUUGAAGAGAAUAAUCGCAAACUCAUGGAAGCUAGGCGUAGAGAGAGUUGUCUUUUCGAGAAUUCAAUGUAGAAAAGUGCUAGUAUUUUCUCCUGAAGUUUCCUCUGGCUGAAACUACACAUAUGAACGUACCAAUGUAUAAUUUGUGUAAUGGAAUUGCACUCUUAAGAACUAUUUUGUAUCAAUGUAACUCAGAUUUCAUUAUCUUUCAUCAUCAACUUUGUAUGUUCAUUGAAAUAAAAUAGCGUUGACUUUUUGUAACUUUUCUAUUUCUUUUAGGACUAUUACCUACAGCCAAUUAACGGAUCUGCAUUAUAACAUUAUAAGGUUCUGUAUAUAUAAUUUUCCUUGAUAAAACUUAUUCUUCUGUACCUUCAUUUUCAUUUACCAAAUAAAAUAGUUUAUCAAAAUCA